GCCGAGCGGGUUCAAGCCUCCUUUGUUGCUCUGCAAGAGACCCGGCACCAUGAGACCAUCCAGUGGGCCUCUAAGGGCGGCACGGCCCUCCUGUGGCGGUGCUCUGGCAAGUCCAGCGCUUUUGCAUGCCCUUUGUCUGUUGAGCAAAGCCAUAGAGUUUGCGGCAGGGUGUUCCCCACUUUCGCGGUCAUCUCCUUCUACGGAGACGCUCGUCGUGCCGACACUCGCCUUCUCGCUUCUCUCCUUCGGAGUGUUGCUGAUUUAGGACGACCCGCCCUCCUUAUCGGUGACUUUAAUUGGAAACAGCAGUACGAGUCCCUCAUGCAGCAUGUCGGUGCCGAGAUGUUUCCCGUCAUUAACACUGUUGUCGCCUCUAACGGAUUGGCACUGCCGGGCCGAGGCUGCUUGCCAAGCCGCUGUUUCUAUGGGUUUGGCCUUAAGCCGGCCGAGCGUGCCAAGGGUUCCACCGCUUCGGUCCGCCCUGUCGCGACCGGUGCUGCCCACCGUGUUGGCGAGUCCAUUUUGUUGCGGCGCUGGAAGCGGCUGCACCGCGCUGCUGCCCAAUGUGAAGCCGAAGCUGGCGGUGAUGCUCCCCUCACGCAUAGCCAGGUUCGCCAUUGGACCUCGCUGCUGGCUGGUCUGCCCUUGCCUGUCAACCAAAGCCAUGCCAUUCAAAUGGCCAAUGCCGCUAUCAUGGAGGAGGAUGCCAGGUUAAAGCAGGAGCAGGCAAAGCUCUGGCGUAACCGUUUUAAGCGUGCCUCCACUGAUGCCCUUCGUGCCGGCGCCGGGGCUCUCAAGGUCGCCGGCCCUCACGACCCCGACCUGUCGUCCGAGAGCAUGACUGCCGAUUGGGAGCCGAUCUGGACUCGGCCCAGUGGCAACGGGGCUCAAGCUUGGGACACCGUGUGCCAAGCUACCUCCUGGCCUCCCGCCGAGCUUGGCAGCAGCAGCUUCUCGGCCCCUACCUCUGACCAGCUUGCUGCCGCAAUCAAAGAAGGCUCCGGUGAGGCCGGUUUCGACGAGCUCAAAGGGCUGGCCAUUGCUUGUCCCUGGCUCGUGGUGGAGCUUGCUGAGCUCAUGCAUGCCUGCAUGUUUCUUCAAGACGAAGCCGCCAUAGGUGCCUGCCAGGACCGUUUCUUCAGUUGGCGUGUUGUCGGCAUCCCUAAGCGCUGCGAAGCCGCUGCCCGCCCUAUCGCCAUCGCCAGCGCCGUCGUUCGAUCUUGGAAUCGAGCUCUGUUGGCGCAGUUCCCUCCGCCUCCUGAAGGUCAAUACUGUGGCUCUCCUGGCCACAGCGCUGUGUCUGCAACUCUUGCUUGGUUGCGCGCCCCCUGCGUCCGCGGGGCCGAACUCGACCUCCGCAAAGCAUUUGACAGCGUGCUGCAUGAUGUUGCCUUUUGCGCCGGCGCCUCCGCCGGGGUGGCGCGGGCAGUCCUGGACUAUAUGCGGCGCAUGGUUUGGGGUGCUCCCCGCCAUUGCAUUGUUUAUGGGGAGGCCCCGCAGGAAGUUGUGCGCGCUUCAUGUGGUCUGCCUGCUGGUGAUCCCUGCAGCCCUGCCUUUCUGUCCUUUGUCAUGGGGCCCUGGGCCAAACUGGCUAAGGCCUUCCCUGGGGUUGAAGCCUUUCUUUACAUGGAUGAUAGGAGUUUGGUUGAUAAUGCCACCCCGCCUUCCCUUAACGCAGCUUUAGAUGCCACGCAGUGGUUUGACCACACCUUGGGGCUUACAGAGCAUGCUGGCAAGCGACAAGUGUGGGACCGUCAGGACCCUGGCAGGGACCACCGUGUUGAACACCUCGGGAUCAAGGCCCUGCACAAGCGUGCCGAGCUUCCUGAGCUGCGGGUUUGCUUCGACCAAGUUUGCAGUCUUGCCUCGGGAGUGGAACUUCUGCCUGGCCGCAUGGAAGUCAGGGAGCACCUGCUCCUGGGACUCGUCAUGCCCAAAUUGCUGUGGUCUGCGCCUCUUGUUCCUGAGAUCCCGAAUACUGUUGUGUCCGCUUUCUUCAAGGCCAUGCGAGGCCAUGUGACCUGGUGGUGUAAGG